AUGAAAAGAGAACAACGUCAGAUCGCUCUCAAUAAACAAGAAGCCGAAGAUAUUGAUGAUGUCUAUAUCGCUAUUGUCAACGAAAACUUUCAAUUAUUUGAGAAGGCCUUCGACGCAUACAAAAGCACGUCCGCAAACUUCUGGAGUAUUCUCAAAUUCCCAAUAAAGCCAAAGCUUGAUUCGCUUUCCACAGCAAAGGAGCUACAGAAGCUCUCAAUGUCGCUAUUACAACCCCUAAGCAAAAAUGCGGAUGUAGUCGAUGCUCAAAUUGAAGAUUAUAAUCGUAUCGCAGCUCUGGCAUCACAAAAUGCCAUAGAAGCUGCCCGCGAUUAUACGCGCGCGCUCCAAGGGGCCCAGCACGCCCAAAUUACUGCUCAUCACAGUCAACUCACCAUUCAGCAGAUCUGUCAAUGGCUAGGAGAGCUCGACUGGAAUCCAAGUCAUUUCGUCCUAGAUGCACUUUUAAAAAUCUGA